AUGGUGGUGGCGGCCCUCUUAUUGGUGGCGGUCCGCGGCUGCCAGGUCGGCGGAGGAGUGCUCGGCGUGGCCGACAACGCAGCGACGCUCAUCGCCCGCCCGCCGUCGCUGAGCUCGGUCUACGGCCGGGCGCAUGUCAACGUGGUGCCCAAAGAAGAAAGCGCGGGUGACAUGGUAUGGCGCCCGGUGGCUGGCGAGCCGUGCGUGUGGCGCGGGUCGGUGGCUAGUCCGGCGUCGGCCACCUCCGCGCCAACAGUCUCGGUAGCCGCGCUGGGCGGCGGCGAGCUGAACGUGACGCUCGAGCUGCCAGCGCUUGGUGGCUCGCUGCGGCCGAGCGACAGGCUCGUGGUAGAAGUGCGGGUCGGUUGGUUGGAGGCUGAUCUCGGCUCGGCGUGGAGAGCCCAGGUCUCGCUCCCGCCACUCUCCUGGGACUACGACAAAGUUCUGCGGCUCGGGCCGGCAAGCCUAAGCCUGGACGCAGUCUUCUCCCUCGACGCGCGAGUGCCCGCGUCUGCGCUUGCGGAUGCAGGUGCCAACCCGUUGUUGCAGCGGAGCGGCUCGUCGGCUUCCGCCGUCUUUAAUCUCUCGCUGCCGCUCCCAAACGGGAACUCGCCGCAAGCGCAGGCGGUCUCGUUUGUCAUGACGGCGGUUGUCGAGCGCGGGGCGUGGACUUCGCUCAACAUGUCACCCGCCGCUGCCCUGGUUCUCUUUCUCCUCCUUGUCGUGGUGGUUUGCCUUCUCCCGAUCGGUGGCUUGUGUCUGCGCCGUCGGCGCCGCCGCGCCACUGCCGCCGCUGCCGUUACGCCGAACAAGGCCAGCGGCAAGGAGAGCUCGACCGAGUUGAUCACCGACGACUGGAUGUCGAGCACCUCUUCGUCGCUUCAUACCUCGGACUUUUUGUAGUUGUUGGUCUUCAAUGCGGUCGGUUGAGCAGGCGUCAAGCGCCGCGGGAGCGGGCGUGGCGGCGCUUCUUCUCUUUGCUCUUCCGGCGGUCGCGCUUGGCGGAACUUGCGCCCGACUUGGUCUCCUUGGUGGCUUCGUCCGGGUUCUCGUCCUCGGUCUGUGUGCCUGCGUCGAGGCCGCGUGAGAGGAACUGCUGGGCAAAGUCUGCUGUGUCCUUGGGCUUGAGGACGCGCGCGACGACUUGGUUGAUCUUGGCGUGCUUGUGCGAGACGUAGCGUUGCCAGCGGUGGAGCUCAAGCUCCAUGGUUGGUCGGAGCUUCUCUUGGAUCUCGAGCUUGCAGAUGGCGAGAACCGACUUGAUCUGGAGGACGGUGCGGAUGUCGGCAUCGACAUGGAGCACGAUGCGCGAGAGCGUGUGCAGGACAGGGAGGAAGGUCGGGAGUGGGCCCUCGUCGUACUCUGCGGCAACAAGGCCGGUGACGUGAUUAGAGCCUCCCGAGACCGCCGACGCCGAGGGCAUCAUCUGGUCCGAGUCGAGCGAAGCCACCGACGACGAGAGCUCCGGUAGCUGCGGGCGCCGAACAGGGCGCCGCUUGAAGCGGAGGCACGCGCGCGCCACAAAGGCGUAGCGGCGGGCCAGGAAGACGCGAACUUUGACGCCGCGGUACCACGACUGGAUGCGGACGGCGGCGUUGUACAUGGUAAGGUAGGUGAGGAGAAUGUCGCGGUGGAAAAAGUGCACAAAGGUCUCAAUCUGGGACUCGGGUAGCUUGGAGGCGAGCACGCCCUGGAUGGUAGAGAGAUUGGCAAGGUAGAGCGAAUGACAAAGUUGUG